UCAGGAACAACCCCCACAAGCGAUACCCUCUUUCUCAGACGAAACGAAUGGAGGGAAUGGGAAUGCGACGCCCACCGAUGUGCCCGGACCGCAACAGGAUAUGGUUAUGGAUGAUGGAGUCGGUCCCGGAAUUGAUGCAUCUGUGUAAGCUCCAACUAGUACUCGUUGCUGUCUUGAAUAUGGCUACUAACAAGGAAUAUAAUAUAGUCCAACCGGCCCUCGGAAUGCGCGGAAUCAAAAGCAAAAUGGUCGAGGCAGAGGCAUCCUUGGCCAGCUUAGUCGUGCGAUGGACCGGUCCAACGAAUCCGUCCUUCACCGAGUUCGAAACCAGCAAGGAACCGAGAGGAUAAAUUCACAUCGAGAUAGCUCCAGGGGCAGCAGAGGCAGUCGAGGUGGCCACAGGGCUUCAAUAGGGAGGCAGAUGGGUAGCAAUGUGCCGAUGGGGAUGGGGAUGGGAAUGAACAUGGGCAUGGGAAUGAAUCAUAACCAGAUGCAGAACAUGGCUCAACAAAACAUGAUGAACAUCACUCCACAACAGCAGAUGCAGAUGAUGUCAAUGUUUGAGGAGCAAGCACGGAUGAUGUCUCAGCUCAUACCCGGGUUUGUCGCUCCUGCGAUCAACCCAGCCUUCCAGAAUGGCCCUCCGCAACAGGCACAGGGCCGAUCACUAUUCGAACGCGCGGAGUUCCAACCCAGCCGACGGAACCAGCAGUCUUCCCAAACUACAGCUGCCGAUGUUGAGAUGGACGGUUCUGAAAGUAAGCCGGCCGAAGGACAGCCGGCACGGGAAGCCCCUGGCCCGGACACAGUCUGCCGAUUUAAUCUUAGGUGCACAAACAAGGACUGUCUUUACGCUCAUCAAUCCCCGGCUGCACCUGAAGGAGCCAGCGUGGAUGUGAGUGACAAUUGUCCAUACGGAGCCGCGUGCAAGAACCGGAAAUGCGUUGCCCGACACCCAUCACCUGCCCAAAAGGCUGUCCACCAGGCAGAGGAGAUUUGUCGAUACUUUCCGCACUGCACAAACCCUAAAUGCACCUUUAAACACCCAAAUAUGCCGCUCUGCAGGAAUGGGGCGGACUGUUCGACUGAGGACUGCAAGUUCACGCAUCUUCAAACGCCUUGCAGAUUCAAUCCUUGCCUGAACCGAACCUGUCCGUACAAGCAUGUUGAAGGCCAGCGCGGAGCUUUCACCGACAAGGUCUGGCGUGCCGACAGCGCAAAGCCAGAGACGCCCCAUGUUAGCGAGAGAAAAUUUAUCAGUGACGAAGCUGGCGAAGAGGAGCUGAUCAAACCCGGCUCAACUCCCUCAAAUGAUGCCGGUAUCAUUACCUAAUCUACCGCUGCAACCGCCUUCCCUCUCCCUAUAUGACCUGAUCUUUCUCAGUUUCCUCCAAAUGCCUACCAAUUUGAAUCGCUAAACGUGGUUUUCUCAAUUACAUCUCCGGAAGCCUUUGUGCCAGGCGCGACCCCCAUAUUUUUUCUGCUUCCUUUCCUCUGCCAAAAAGAAUUUCUUUGCCUUUCCUUUCUUACGAUCUUCCGAGCAUGAGCGGCGUUGGAUCAGGGUGAUUUUUUACUAUAUCUGCCUCGACUUCCUUUCGGCUGG